ACAUUAAAUUAUUGUUCAAAUAUUGAUGAUUAUCGUCCAAUACAAUCUACAUUAUUAACACGUUUUACAACAACAGAUUGUUCAGAAUUAUGGCGAACAACAAAUCAAGAGUAUGGAGCAUUUUAUUAUCAACAAUUACCACAAUAUUGUAUACCUGAUAAUCUAAAAGCUAAAAAAUUAUCAACGUCAUAA